CGGGCGCAGGCAUUGAGCGCGCGCAGCGCUGCACCCGCUCAGCUCGGGUUUCUCCGCGCACCGAAAGCGAGGCAUCGCUCCGGAUUUUCCCCCGCAGGUUAAUUUCUCCGGCUGUGUCGGGCUGUGUGUCGACUGCGACGGGGAGCCACACGGGACCAGGAAUGAGGACUUUCCCCAAAAACAGAAGCUGCGAUGUUUACAGCGUAUCCGGUUUAGGACACUGUGGAACCGCAGACUCAGCUGUACAGGACAUUAAAGUAAAGGAGCCGGUUCAAGCUCCGAGCUCCUCUAGCAGUGAGAUUCAGGCUGGGUCAGACAUCAAGCGGCCGGGGGACAGGAAAGCCACCUUCAGAGCAUGGCGAAAGUGGGCAUUGGGUGCCGCCCCCCUCAUCCCUCUGUCCACUGCCGUUGCACUGACUCUCCAUUUCUUUGCAUCGUCUCCGUCUUCCACAGUGUUCUUUCUGGGAGGAAGUGUGGAGUUUUCCAACCUCAGCUUCUCACCGGAGCUGGCCGAUCCUUCCUCCACACAGUUCGACCUUCAGUCUCAGGCCCUCAGCCCCUACUUCUCAGAGUUAUAUGAGUCAUCACCCUGGAGGCCAUACUACCGCCGCUCAGGGAUUGUCGCCUUUAGUGAAGGAGUGAAUGGGCUCAACGUUUUCUUCUGGAGUAAGUUCUCUGCUCCAUCAGCGACCAUUGCAGAGAAGUUGCAGAGAUCUAAACCCGCGUGGUUGCAGCGGCAGCUUCCCGGCACCAACAAGGUUCUUCACAGCAGGCUAGAGGAGCAGUAUUACCUGGCAAAGGAUGAAGACACACUAAGGCUCCUGGGUUUGAAUUUAGACAGUGAAGAUGAUGAUGAUGAUGAUGACAUGUCAGAUAAGAUAAAGAAUCCCAACAAUUUACAGAGUGGCAAGUGGCAGCUUGGACUUCAGGCCAUGUCUUUUGACCUCUACGCCAAAUAUGGCAACAAUCGAACACUGAGUUUGGUGAGCCCGAAGAAACCGUAUUACCAGUGGAGGCUCAGAGUCCCCUCGGGUCACGUUGUACGGUUAGAUGUAGUCACCCUGCAGGGGGCGACACCCGGUAGCUGUUCAGCCAACAAACUCUCUGCAUAUGACUUCCUGCUCCCUCUUCAGAACAAAAUCAUUGCCAGGUGGUGUGGGUUGCCAGUGACUGGGUCGUCCCCAGUGAUGAAGCUGACAUCCUCUGGAAACGUCAUGCUCGUCACUUUUUCAUUUAGUCGACAGAGGCAUGGAGCCAUCUUCAAGGCUUACUUUCAGGCCAUACCAAAAGCCGAAUGCGGAGGCUUUCUGUCAGCUUGGAAUGGCACCGUGGUAUCCCCUUACUAUCCUGCCUACUACCCUCCAAACGUGGACUGUAACUGGAAGAUCAGGGCUCCGCUGCCCGGCUACCUGCUAUCCAUAACCAUUGUGAUGCUGGAUAUUCAGGACUCGCCCACCACAAGCAGCUGCGAGAAAGACUGGCUGGAAAUCGGUGGCGUCAAGCUGUGUAAUCCAAUUGGGGACAGCAGCAGGAAGAGGAUCUACUCUUCCCCUGUGUUACUGCACUUUCACUCCGACGAGUCUCUGACUCACAAGGGCUUUUACCUGGUGUACAGAGCCUUCUCCCCAGAGAGCACGUGUCCGAGGCAGUUCCGCUGCGGAGACGGACGCUGUAUUCCUCUGAGAAAGGUGUGUGAUGGAGAGAGGGACUGUGUAGAUGGUCGGGACGAGGCCAAGUGCUCGAUGUGUAAACCGGGAGAGGUGUACUGUGGGAGUGGGCAGUGCAGACCACACGGAAGCCAGUGUAACCUGCAGGCUUGUGGAGACAGCAGUGAGGAAACAAACUGUGCAGGUAAAUGUUACCACAUGUGCUCGAACAAAAUCUGUCUGCCCAAGUCUUCCGUGUGUGACGGAGUCCUAGACUGCAGAGACCGCAGUGAUGAGCUCAACUGCACAAGAGCAUAUAAAGGUUGCUUGCCGACAUCCUAUAAAUGUGCGAAUGGCAAGUGUAUUGCGAAAGUGAACCCAGAGUGUGAUGGCAUCAAAGACUGCAAGGAUGGAUCUGAUGAGAUACGCUGUGCAGGGUGUGGCACUCGGCCGAGGAAACGGGCGAAGAUCGUGGGAGGGACGGAUGCCCAGGCGGGUUCUUGGCCCUGGCAGGUGAGCCUGCAGAUAGAGCGCUAUGGCCAUGUGUGUGGAGCAUCUCUGGUGAGCAGCCGCUGGCUCCUCUCCGCCGCUCACUGCUUCCAGGACUCGGACGCCAUCAAGUACUCAGAUGCCCGUGCCUGGAGGGCCUACAUGGGCAUGCGGGUCAUGAACUCAGCCAGUAACGCUGCCGCCACACGCCAGAUCCGCAGGAUAGUCCAGCACGCCCAGUACGAUCAGUUCACUUCCGACUACGACAUCGCCCUCUUGGAACUCAGUGCCCCUGUCUUCUUUAACGAUUUGGUACAGCCUGUGUGUGUGCCAGCCCCGUCGCAUGCCUUUACUUCCGGCACCAACUGCUUCGUCACUGGCUGGGGAGUCCUCACUGAGGAAGGUGAACUGGCCACCCUGCUGCAGGAGGCCACAGUAAGCAUCAUCAACCACAAAACGUGCAACAAGAUGUACGACGAUGCCGUCACUCCCAGAAUGAUAUGUGCAGGGAGCAUACAGGGAGGAGUCGAUGCAUGUCAAGGAGACUCUGGAGGGCCUCUGGUGUGUCUAGAGAGGGGCCGGAGAUGGUUUCUGGCAGGCAUUGUGAGCUGGGGCGAGGGAUGCGCACGGCAAAACCGGCCCGGGGUUUACACGCAGGUCAUCAAGUUCACAGACUGGAUCCACCAGCAGACUAAAGGCCAGGUGUGACAUGUGACAUAAACAGCUUGGAUUUCAUCAUGAUUUGCACACACUUUCUGUCGUUCUUCGUGGACAUCAACCCAUUCGCCAUGGUGUGUAGUGAAACAGCGAACUCCGUCAAGUUUCUAUGAAGAACCCUUCUCAGUCCAGUCCUCCAGGCCUCAUCUUUAACCACCUCAUACAUCUCUGUUUAAUAAUGCUCUUUUAUAUCCUAAACAAAACACACAGUGCACACAUUCAAAGCCUAGAACGACGGACCGUUAGUUUAGUAUGUUAAUGCUCAGUUUAAAGAGGUCAUAAUACGAGUGUCAAGAUAUGGAAAAAGUACUGCAUAUGCUGCAUCAGUAGUAACAUACAUUUAAUCCUAUUAACAGCUUAACUUAUAUUUAUAGACUGAUGAAUACUCUUCCCGUAUUGAUACACCGUUGUAUCUUGUUCAAUACACCAUUGUAUCUUGUUCAAAAAAAAGGCCAUAUAAUUAAAGCACUGUGAAAUUGAUUGCAUGUAAAGGAAUCAUAAGGAGCAUUCUUCCCAAGGAAUCAUGGUGAAGGAGAAAAAAAAACAACCUGCUGAUUUGCUGAUUCAGUAUAGAAGCAUUUACCUCAGUUUAGUAAUUGUCCUCUCAUAUUAAUCAUCUAUUGCUAUUUGGUUUUAUUUUAUUCCACCCUGACUCAUGCGGGUAAAGAGAUUAUACGAACAUGAAAUAAGGUAUAUUUUUGCUGUUUUGUUUAUUUAGCAGUAUGUGGCUACCCAAUUAAUGCUACAUUUAUCCCACCCACACACGCAUUCAGUUUUAAAUUAAUUCGACCCCAUUUGUCUUUACACGGGCACAGCUCAACCGUACUAGCAAUUUGUGCAAUUUAGGGAGUUAAUUGCUAAACUGAGUGUACAGAUUAUUAAAGUGAGAGAGCGGGUUUAUUCAACUGAUUUUAGAAUCCAUAGUUUUGCUGUUCUUGUUCUAUCGCUAAAUCUCAUUCCCACACUGCCCCCUGUCGGUGAGAGGAAAGACUACAGCUCCCUGCGGAUCAUUAAUUUUCUUAUUUCCUUGUUUCCUAUAUGUUGAACAACUUGAUAUCGAUGUCAAAUGAUCACACUUUAUGUUUAUGUUACAUCUGAAAUAUUAGACCUAUAUUAAACAGAGGUGCUAUACCA